CUGCUGUAUAUAAAGCCGAGGAAUUCUUCUCCCCCUCUGCUUGUCACACUGGCCUGCAUGCUCUCCACUGGACUUGUGGCUCCUUGCUGUUGCAUCUGACACAUAAUUGGGAAUAAAGAGGAACAAAAACAAUGCCGGAACCCACCAAAAAAGCCGAUGAAACAGAAGCAGAGACUGCACCACCUUCAGAACAAAAUAAACCUGAGGAGAAUGGAAAUCAACCUAACCAAGAAGAAAAGGAGAGUGAAAUAAUGAUCGUAAUUCUACCAUCAGACGGGAACGUCAGUGAAAUGACAUCCUCUUCAGAAGAUGAAGAUGACACUUCAACUGCAGGUGGGACUAAUCGGUCAGGAGAGAGAAAGGACUCAGUAUGGUCUAUGGGAGAUGGCCCUCAGGAAGAAGGAGAUAAGCAAGACAAUUCACAGAAAUCCCUUUUAUUUGUUGAAAAACCAAAGGGUGGAACAAUUAGUGUUGGACAAAAUAUUACAUUUAUAGGAAAAGUUGAAGCCCAGGAUCUUCUCCGAAAGCCAACUGUUAAGUGGUUCAAAGGGAAAUGGAUGGACCUGGCAAGCAAAGUAGGGAAGCACCUUCAGCUAAAGGAGACAUUUGAGCGCCAUACCAAGAUGUACACAUUUGAGAUGCAAAUCAUUAAAGCUAAGGAAAACUAUGCAGGAAAUUAUAGAUGUGAAGUAACGUAUAAGGAUAAGGUUGAUAGUUGCUCUUUUGAUCUGGAAGUCCAUGAAACUUCAUCUGCACCAUCAAUCGAUAUCCGGUCUGCAUUCAAAAGAAGCGGUGAAGGACAAGAGGAUGCAGGAGAACUUGACUUUAGUGGUCUCCUGAAACGUAGGGAGGUUAAGCAGCAGGAGCCUGAGGAGCCUGAUGUAGAUGUGUGGGAGAUCCUGAAGGCUGCAAGCCCCAAUGACUAUGAGAAAAUUGCCUUUCAGUAUGGAAUCACUGACCUGAGGGGCAUGCUGAAACGUUUGAAGCGCACCCGCAGGGAAGAAAAGAAAAGUGCAGCUUUUGCUAAGAUUCUGGAUCCUGCAUAUCAAGUGGAUAAAGGAGGCAGAGUAAGAUUUUCAGUGGAGCUGGCUGACCCAACAGUGGAACUCAAGUGGUACAGAAAUGGGCAAGAAAUACGUCCAAGUGGAAAAUACAUAUUUGAGCACAAAGGUAAUGAGAGAAUCUUAUUUGUCAACAACUGCAUGCUCACAGAUGAUGCCCGUUAUCAUGUGACUGCUGGCGAUGAGAAAUGCUCUACAGAACUCUUUGUAAGAGAGCCCCCGGUGAUUGUGACCAAAGGCUUAGAAGAUACCAAUGCUUAUAUUGGUGACAAAAUAGAAUUAUCAGUUGAAGUGUCUGAAGAUGAUGCAAAUGUGAAAUGGUUUAAAAAUGGUGUGGAGCUGCCUCUUGAUAGUAAAUCUCGAUACAAAGUGAAGGUUGAGGGUAAAAAACACACUCUAAUCAUUGAGGAAGGAACCAAAGCUGACAAUGCAACUUAUUCAGUGAUGACAACGGGAGGACAAUCAUCUUGUAAACUAAAAGUUGACUUGAGGCCACUUAAGAUACUACAUCCUUUGGAAGACCAGACUGUGAGGCUUGGCAAAGAGCUCUCCCUGAAAUGUGAGAUCUCUGAGAAUGUAGAAGGGAAGUGGUACAAAAAUGGGCAGCUUCUCCAACCCAGUGACCGCAUUAAGAUACAUCAUAAAGGAAGAAUCCAUCGGCUAAUUGUUGAUAAAUCACUCAUUGAGGAUGAUGGAGAGUACAUGUUUGUUCCAGAUGCCUAUAAUGUUAACAUCCCCUGCAAAGUGCAUAUUAUAGAUCCUCCUAAAAUCCACCUUGAUGGACUUGGUGAUGGCAAUACAGUGACAGUUGUAGCAGGAACCAAGUUACGUCUUGAAAUUCCUGUCUCUGGAGAGCCAACUCCGAAGAUUAUGUGGAGCAGAGGGGACAAGUGGCUCAUGGAUCCUGCAGCCAGAAUACGGGCAGAUAAUUACCCAGACAGCAGUUGUUUGGUGAUUGAUUCAGCUGAGAGAGAUGACUCAGGUGUCUACAGAAUAAUGUUAAAGAAUGAGGCAGGAGAAGACACAGCCCACAUCAACAUCAAAGUGGUUGAUAUUCCUGACCCUCCUGCGGCACCCAUUGUGGUUGAUGUAGGAGAAGAUUGGUGCAUUAUGAACUGGGAACCUCCAGCAUAUGAUGGUGGGUCGCCUAUCUUAGGUUACUACAUUGAGAGGAAAAAGAAGCAAAGUUCCAGGUGGAUGAGGCUGAACUUUGACCUUAUUAAAGAAACAACUUUUGAGCCGAAAAAGAUGAUUGAAGGAGUUGCCUAUGAAGUCCGGGUGUUUGCUGUCAAUGCCAUAGGCACUUCAAAACCAAGCGAGCCCUCAAAGCCUUUUGUGCCUUUGGCUGUCACAAGUCCACCCACCUGCCUGGCAGUUGAUUCCGUAACAGAUACUACAGUUACCAUGAAAUGGCGGCCACCAGACCAAAUUGGAGCUGCAGGUUUAGAUGGCUAUGUUAUAGAGUAUUGCUUUGAAGGAAGUCCUCAGGAGCCCACUACAGAGGGCAAGGGAGACAGUGGUGGUGGUACAGAGCAAAAUAAUAGUGAGGAGACAGACGGGGGCUUGAUCAAGACUGAAGAGAAGACACCAAAACCCUGUAUAUCGGCAGAACUGUAUGAAGGUGAAUUUCUGGAGGCAACUUAUGACCUGGAAGCGGAAGAAUGGAUUGUGGCUAAUCCAGAACUCACAGACAAAACAAAAUUCACCAUCACUGGCCUGCCAACUGGAUCAAAAAUCUUUGUUCGAGUAAAAGCUGUGAAUGCUGCUGGUGCCAGUGAACCUCGGAUGCAUCCACAGCCAAUUUUAGUCAAGGAAGUGAUAGAACCCCCGAAGAUUCGUCUGCCAAGACACUUAAAGCAAACAUAUGUUCGAAGGGUUGGAGAAGCUGUGAAUCUUGUUAUUCCCUUCCAGGGAAGACCAAGACCUAAGGUCUCUUGGAAGAAAAAUGGAGCUCAUGUAGAUAAGAACCAAAUUAACAUCCGCAACAGUGAAAAUGACACAAUCAUCUUCAUCCGAAAGGCAGAGAGGAUCCACUCUGGGAAAUAUGACAUGAAAGUCAAAGUAGACAAUCUGGUGGAUAAAGCCACAAUAGAGAUUCAAAUAGUUGAUCGUCCAGGCCCACCACAAGUUGUAAAAAUUGCAGAUGUCUGGGGAGAGAAUGUUGCUUUGGAAUGGGAGCCACCCAAGGAUGAUGGCAAUGCAAACAUAACUGGGUACACAAUUCAAAAAGCUGACAAAAAAAGCAUGGAAUGGUUCACCGUCAUUGAACACUACCAUCGGACCAGCGCUACCAUUACUGAACUUAUCAUUGGGAAUGAGUAUUUCUUCCGGAUCUUUGCUGAAAAUAUGUGUGGCCUCAGUGAGGAUGCAACAAGGACAAUGGAGAGCGCUGUGAUUGCCAAGGAUGGGAAAGUCUACAAAAACCCAGUUUAUGAGGACUUCAAUUUCAAUGAACCACCAAUGUUUACCCAGCCUUUAGUUAAUACAUAUGCUGUGUCUGGUUACAAUACAACUUUGAACUGCAGCGUCAGAGGAAAUCCCAAGCCCAAGAUAACAUGGAUGAAGAACAAAAUAGUUAUCAUGAAUGACCCCCGGUACAGAAUGUUUGGUAACCAGGGAGUUUGCACCUUGGAGCUCCGCAAGCCCAGCCACUUUGAUGGCGGCACGUACACUUGCAAGGCUGUCAACAGUCUGGGUGAGGCAGAAGUUGAAUGCAAAUUGGAAGUUAGAGUGAUAUAUCAUGGCGUAAUUACCCCAGGAGAACCAAUCUUCUCGGCGGGGCAGAAACAGUUACACAGUAAGGAUUUUUGAAUGUAUAGUGUCAUCUAAGGUGGGGUCUCAUUCUUCAGACUACUAUUGCAAGGGGUGCCCCCACAUAUCAUUGACUCCUAUAUGAAAGCAUGCAACCCUGAGGAAAAGUAAAGAGCCUGGCCACAAUGUUUCUCCGCCACUGCACUGGAAACUGGCAGCCAGCACUGCAGCAGUUUAACUCCUACCAUGGCACUCCCACAGCAUGGCCCACUGCAUUGCCCCUUCCCUCUUGCUGCUGUUGGAAAGAAAAUUCAUGCAUGGAUUGCUUUUUUCAAGUUGAAAUGUUGAAGUUGAAGCUUACCCAUGUUUCAAUGAUCCACAUCAUUAUGUUUGUUUGUUUUAUUCAUUCUCUCUCAUGCUGAAAAGCAAGGAAAUGGGGGAGAAAAGCUAUGCCAAUACGCAUGGGAGCUAAUAUUUGAGUUUGUACUUUAUAUAACUAGAUAGAUUCUUCUUCUUUUUUUUUGUGAGAAGCAGGUACUGCUAGACCCAGUGGCAGUGCAGUCAGGCCUUGAAACACAUACCUCUUUUGAUAAAUAAUGGAUCUAACACUUUCCUAGGCUGCUAAAAAUGGACUGUUUGGCAUAUGUGAUUUGCAGCAUUUAACAGUUUAUUUCAGCGGAAUGUAUCUUCAGUUAGAAGGAUUUCUGUUCAUCUCACUCCUUUGUGAAUCUCUUGGCUACUAAAAGUUUCAUGUAAUGUACAAUAAAGCUGAAGUGUUUAAGAGCUA